GCUGCUGAAAAACAGAAAUGAAGAAAGAAAACAGAAUGUUGCGUCCACGAGCAGUGCUUGGUGAAAUCGGCGGUGGAAACAAAUUGGUAACGCCAACUUGGCAGAAAGGUGGUGUGGAGAAAAAGAAAGAAGUGGCUAAUAAAAGACACGCUGAGUGGGAUGUCACUCAGCCUGAUAUCAAGAAGGAGCAACCAGAGCUAUCAGCAUAUUCAGUGCCUUUCUCUGACGUAUCAACACAAACACUACUUUCUGAGUCGGAUAUCAAAGUUGAGCGGACAGCCCAUGAUGAAUUGGCCUGGAUGACUGGUGAUGUGGCUCAAUACUCCUGCAAGCUCACCUUGGACUUGCACACCGUACACCCACACAUCAGUCUGUCUGAGGCGAACACCAAGGCAGUGUUUGAGUCGGACGCGCAGCCGCACCCUGACCACCCCGAGAGAUUUGACAUGUGGCCACAGGUGUUGUGCAGAGAGGGCCUGAGUGACGGCCGUUUCUGUUGGGAGGUGAGAUGGGACAGGUAUGCCGCCAUUGGCGUCGCCUAUAAAAGCAUCUCCAGGAAAGGAAAGGAUGUGGACUGCGGUCUUGGCUUCACCAAGAAGUCCUGGAGCUUGCUGUGUGAAGAGAAGAGGUACUUUGCCUGGCAUAACAACUACCGAACCUCCAUUACUGAGCAGCCGGGUCACUCCAGGAGGAUCCGAGUGUGUCUGGACUGGCAAGCCGGUGCCUUGACCUUCUACAAGGUCGUCCAAGACACACUGAUACACCUGCACACAUAUCGUGCCAUGUUCAGUGAGCCGGUCUACCCAACGUUCAGAUUCUACUACUUUGGCAAGUUUGGCUCGUCAGUGGCCUUCUUACCAAAACAAAUAGAAUAGCAAUACGCCAAGUCAUGCCAUGAGACUAGUAUUUAUAUUUAACUUUUUUAAAUAGGUGACCUGGGAAAACCCAUCACAUGGUGAAAUCAAAAAUCCUUGAUUGCUGCUCCGUUUCAACCCUCUCUGGUGAAAUUUCACCAAAUUCUGAUACCAUCCUAGCAACAUCCUGGAGACCGUCCCUUAGCGACAUUCUGAAAACCAUCCUCUAGUAAAAAUCCUGGCUGUUGCAAGGAUGGUAUCAGAAACAUAAAUUGGUGAAAUGUCACCAUGUGAUGGUUUUUCGCAGAUCCCAUCACAUAUAUGGAAUAUGGAUAGUGCAUGCGUGAACAUUAAAGCCCAGCGCACACCAAGCUGAUGGUCAGAUGGUUGAUAAUGUUGGACUGGGACAAUAUUAUGUCAAGAUGAACACUCACAUGUGUGAAUUGUAGUGAUCCAUGGCAGAAUAAGUUAACAUGGCUUAUUAAAGUGUUCAGGCGUGAGUUGGUUAACUUUAGAUUUCCAAAAAUGCAAUUAGACUAAUAUAUCUGAUGGCUUCAGGCACAGAAAUGUUAAUUUCUUUAAGCCCUGUAUUAAUAGUAUUAAUAUUAUGUAAUAUUAUGUUGAGAUGAAUACUCAGAUGUGUGAAUGGUAGUGGCAGAAUAAGUCUUCUGAGAAAAAUAAUACUGUGAUGAUGUACGAACCAAUCCUUCAGCUUCCAGACCAGAUGACUGUAUUUUGCGUGUGGAUAUCGUACCCAAGGGGAGGACUCCUACAAUAGUCACAAACAUUUUGCAAGACCUGGUGAAAUUGGUCAUAUCUGUAGGCAGCUAUAUAUGUUUGUAUACAAUUUCUUAUUUUUAUUGAAUUUAUUUAACACUUAUUGCAUUACCAGUAUGAUCUGAAAGUACUUAAUGGUUAGAAUGGUUUGCAGUGUGUACUACCUCAUGUUAUUUACACUGGCUUCAAAAUAAAGGAUACAUUGACAUUUAA